CCUCAUCACUAACCGCCGUUCCAAGCGAGACAACGACUAUCAGACAAUCGGAUCGUCGACAUCCUCAAGACUGCAUCCUUCCGCGGCAACUAUACCUCAAUUCGACGCGUUAUGUGAUUCCGUGGUCCAUACCAGCCUUUUUGCCAGCAUGUAUUGCUCAGCGAAGUUAUUAUCGCGAGCAUAGUUUCGACAAUAUCCUCCUGAACCCCAGUCGUGUAUAUACCCAUGUCGACGUCUAUUAUGCACGCACCCCUCGGUGGCCAGGGUGCGUCGCCCUCGAACAGAUCAACUCUGACCCAGCAGCUCGAGCAGAUUGAGGGAGACAUCACACCCCGGUCAGCGAGAACGUCCUACAAAGGCUCACCCAAGCCGCGUUCCUUCUCCGACGCGGCAAAACCAAUUCUCUCACCUUCACCCGCUUUCCGAGAACCUCACCGACGAGUUUCCAAGGAUGACUCGGUCAUCAUUGCUGGUCCCUCCACACCUUCAAAGUCUUCGAUGCAGCCCCGGGGGCUGAGCCUGCACAUGCCUGCAAAAGAUGGAUCCGGUGACAGUCCUGGCCCAAAUAUACCUCGCGUACCUCUGUCGCCAAAGCUAGAUUCCUCCCAGAUAUAUGGUUCGCCAUCGUCCAUGCUUCCCAGGAGAUCUAGAGGGUUGGAUUACACAAGAGCAUGCACAAGUCUACAUCAGACCACCCUGGCCGAAUCAUCACCCGACGCUUCUCCGAAUGUCGGCCGGGGAAUUCAAAUCCCUCCAAGGAGAAGUUUGGCAAGCAACGUGCUGGAUUCACCCAGCAAUCAGAACGGCUUGUGGUCGUUGACACAUGAGAGGACAAACUUGUCCAGUUCUGUCAGUAGUAUUAAUAUGUUUGGGUCGGAUUCAGAGUCGGACAGUGACUCCAACUCAGACGAUAUGGCCAUCGAUCGCGAUAUCGAUGAUGCCAUCCUCAAUACUCCUGCAGCGUCAAGAUUAAAUGCGGGGGCCAUGCUGGGAGUGGUGAAUAGCCCGGGGCUAGAGUGGAUGAACAAUCCUCAACCAUCUCCGGCACAAGCAAGUCUGAUGAAUUUCCAGCCAUAUUUGAUGAGCUUUAGGAGGGCGCGCACCCGAAAGGGUAAAAGUCAACACAGUUCAAGCAGUGUAAGCAUGAACAGCUCCAAGCAAUCACCAGGACCACUAUCGCCAAGUGUGUUGAAGAGCGUGGAGAAUUCAGGCGGCAGUUACUUUGGCAUGGGGCUGACCAAACAGCAAAUCCAGUCUCGUCGUGAAAGUCUAAGUUUGGGCACCAACGACCUUCAUUUAUCUGACAGCGAAGACAAUAGUUCCAGCAAGCCCAACAAAAACAGCGGCGGCCAGUCGCAGUCAGAUAUGGACGGACUUGAUGGCCCAAGAGGUGUCAUCAGGCGCGCAGUUACUCGAAGAAGCAAUCUGCUCCCCAAACCCAAAGGCUUCGCCCGCAUCCGCGCGCAGCUCUUGGAAGAGUCUGAACCGACCAAAACAGAACUCCGGCGCGAGGCAGAAGUCAUCCGUCAAGUGCAUGAAAAUGACCCGACAGUGUCAGCGGUCACCUCGCCAACCAUUCCCACCAGCAAUACGUUCGCGGCUGAACCGGUGCAGGACUCUAUCGAAGACAUGGCGAUGGAGCCCACGCCUUCUCUUGCGCCAGAUAGCUUCAGUCGACAAGCGGAGCGAAAUUCAGGAGGGGUACACUUCUGGAACGGGUUCGAAGGCAAUGGGCGGUUUAGGACACCACCUCCAGGCCUGACACCUCGUGAAAGCUCGUCCGCAGUCAGUGACGAGGCUAUGGACACACCAGGCUCUGUUUUUGCAGACAACCUGGCACUCAAACAUUUCAAUCGCUCGAGAUCAAGAUCGAUUACCCCGCUUGCUGCCAACCCACCUACAGCUGGUGAAGUGGCACGCCGCGUGAACAACAAACGCCGUCGUGAAGAAGACUUUGACCCGUCGUACACCAAACGCCGCGCCGUAUCGCCUGGUAUGAGUGUUCAAAGCAGUCCUGUCCUUCCGCAGAGUCCCGUGUUUUCGAACGACAAGGCCUGGUCAAAGUUGCCCGCGAAGACCAAUGGACAUGGGGCCGGAGAUCGCAGCAACAGCGCAGGAAGUAUUAAUGGUGCCAAAAAAGUCGGUUUGCAGGGAAUGACUGAGACAAAUGAGGGUAUGAUGAGUAUGAGUAUUGAUUAAACUACAUCGCCUCCCUAGGUUUGUAUGUUUGAUUGUCGUCGGUUUGUUUGUUUGGUUCUUGUGCUGGUACGGUUAGUAAGCGCGGCGUUCGGGCAUACUGCAGGCAGGGGUCGCUUUCUGUCACAAUCCUCAGAGCAUAUGCGAUUGUUCUACGAAGCCAGUGACUAUGUCGAGGCUACGAUAUGUAUCUACGUAGGUAAUGACUUCAAUUUGAUGCUACUAUUUUUGAGAUGC